UGGAGAGAAAGGGCUCCUUCUGGAUCUACUUCAUGGGGGAUUCCAAAAUUAGAUACGUGUUCAUGAAUUUAUUGAAAAGGACUGACGAGAUAUUUCGCUACAAGAUUGACUGUAAGAACGAAAGCCUGACGUACCCAGAGCUGGAGAGAAGCCUGACCAAGCUGAUGUGGGACAAUUCGGAGGUUUCGACGCCGCUGUUUCCGGGCUUUCGCAUCACCAACAGUUUCAGCACGUUCAAGGAAAUCAUGCCAUCCAAGUUCUCGAAGUUGAAGGAGCUGAGCCAACUUCAGCGCUGGUCUGAAGGCGCCGAGACUCUUCCCGACCUGCUGAUCGUAGGCUACACUACCUGGAUGCUGCUGGAGACCCGCCUGUACGACAACGAAACUCGCUCCAUACACGAUGUGCUGGCGAUGAUGCUCGAGAUGCACCGCUACGUUGUACCUCGUCUGGAAGAGAUUUCGAAGGCCACGCGAGUCAUCGUGCUCUCCCAGAGCCGCUAUCGACCUCACUCCCCGAACAGGUUCAACAGAAGAGCGGCUCUCAGCAACGCGAACCUCGAAUGGAGUGAGAUGACGUUCCUGCACUUCAUGCGAGCCAAUAGAGAGGGCCAUGGCUUCGUCCCUCGAGCCGGACAGCAGACAGACUCCCGGGCCAGCGAGCACGGACCGAAUAGUCAGGGAUCGUUCGACUGGAAUAAUGCACAGAAAGUUUGGCCAUUCACGCACACACAAGACCGUGAUUUCAGCAACGAACCGCAAGACAAAAGCGCUGCAAAACUACGAGAACCCCUACCUCGGAAUGACCAUAGGCGCGACCUACGACUGAAAGACCACUCAGUAUUGUUCAGGGACCAUCUGAUCCCUGAAACGUCCACGCCGGGGCUGUGGUGGUGGGACUCGAACCUCCCGAUCAACCUGGCGGAGAUCGAAGAGUGCAACGAGCUUCACCGUCGAGGGUUGGCUGACGACGAGGCCUACACAGGUCCUCCUCUUGACUGCAGCGACGAUCAGCACGCCGGACCGGGCACGAAUUAUGAUCUCGUUAGCAUGUUACUUAACCUAGCAUGUAAUUCCGUCUUAGGUAUGUCUGAGACAUUCUGUUGCGCGUGAAAAUAGCACGUGCCAGGAAACUAUGUGCAUGCACUCUAUUUGCAUGCAUGUGUGCGCGUGAGCUUUUGGAAUUACAAAUACACCUACCCCCCCCCUCUCUCUCUCUCUCUCUCUAACGGAGAAAGGGGAUGGAUUUCGAAACCAGUGUAUCGUCUUCCUUCUUUUGUAUAUUGUAGCUAUUUUCGACAAUACUAACAAGUAAACGAUAAGAGUGAGUUCAAAAGGGUGUAAAGUGAAGACAAAAGCAAAGAGAUAGAAAGUGGUUAUUUUAACAUAUGAUGAUGGUGAGAAGGGGAAGAGGGAAGACAAGAAGGCUGUCGUGCAUUAGAGGUCAGGUCAAGAGGCUAUUCGGGUAACCGUAAGAAUUCUCCGGUAAUAGUAUGUGUGGACAUGAAGGUAAGAUGGAGGCUAAUCUUACUAGUCGAUUCAUCC